UUUUGGAUUAAAGUACCGGGCUGUUCAUUUGAGUGUGCUUCAUUUUUAUAUGUUUCACUUUAAAACAUAUCUCUUUGGGCGCAGAUAAGGGAGAUACUCAAAAUGGUUGUUCCUAAAAGCUUUUAAUCUCUCUUCCAAUUUUUUGGGGUCUACAUUGAUACUAAUCAGUAUGUUGGCUAUUUAGUUAGUGAUCAUCACUUGAACGGAGAAGAUGUGCGGAUUUCUUUCGUUAGUUCUUAUCGCGUUGGUGCUUUUUCAAGGCGGGUUAUCACAGCUCCUGGACGAUGAAUGUGCUGGUCCAGAGCUGUUAACCUAUAGAAUAGUUAACGGGAGCUACGAGUAUUCCGCUCCUUUUAUGGCAAGCGUGUACUAUCGUAGCAAAUUUUUGUGUGGUGGAACGCUUAUACACAAAGGAUACGUUCUAUCGGCUGCACACUGUUUUGAAACUUUUACUGAAGUAAAUGUACACUUGGGAGAAAUAGACCGAUCAUGCUCUGCUGAGGAUUGCCCACACGUCCAGCGUCUAGGCGCUAGGGCUAUAAAUCAUCCCGGAUUUCCACAUUCGGGCUAUUCUGACAUAGCUCUGCUUAAACUGUACAGAGAAGUGAUUUUCAAUGAGUUUAUCCGUCCGAUAUGCAUAAUCCUAGAUGAGGACGUUACAUCAGAUGGAGUCUACACCUUCUCGGCCUAUGGCUGGGGUGUCACAGAGGAAAACAAGUUAAGUGAUCGGCUGAAAAGCGUAACUCUCUCCCGGCUGAACGAUUGCGAAUACAAUAUUUGCGCGGGCGACGCAUCAGAAGGCGAACUGCCGGUAAACUGGUUCAUAAGAAGUUCCAUCAUUUUCAACAUCAUUGACAUCAUCUGGUCAAUACGGGAGAUAAGUAUUUCAAAGCCAGCACUAGGCGGAGGAGGCUCAGUAACGCGUUGCAUGGGCUUGGAAGUGCUAGAUCCAAUAGCCGGGGAAGCUUCCUUGGACCUGACGGAGGUCACCCUUACACCACGACCUCUAGACGACCUUGAAAACUCCUUGCUAAGGGACAUUAAUAUCUUGAUCAGCGGCAGACAUGAUGACGACCAGCAGGGCGGCCGGCCAGCCAAUGCAGGCGAGGCCGGCAAACGCGAUGCGUUAAUGAAGUCCAAGCGGGGGGGGCGGGGGUGCUCUGGCCACGGCGUCUAUACGGAUGUAAAUAGGUUCAAAUUAUGGAUAGCCAAUAACGUGCUGGAGUCCGAGCCGCGGCUUUUGACUGAGAAGUGCAUAAGUGAUUGGGGCAGCAAGGUUCUUGUGCGCCUGUGGGAGUUGUCACUGUUCCAGCAUAAUUUCAGUGGAGCUCUAAUCACAAGAGAAUUUGUCCUGACUGUAAGUGUAAGUAGCUUUCAUAGGGAUAAAAAUGCAGUAAUCUAUUUAAUCUAUAUUUUUGUUUCCCGCAGACAAGUAAAAUCUAGAUUCUUGGUUAACUAUGAUGUAGCAUGGUUUCACCUGCACCCCGAGUUCGCAUCUUAUCCAUCAAUUAAGAAUAAUAUAGCUGUGAUUAAGCUGGCUAAUAAAUUGCCAAGAUCAGUUCUAGUAGCACCGAUCUGCAUGGGACUGAACUUGAGUCCCCCGACGACAUGGAACGCUUUCCUCUACAAUGUAACCGAUGUAUUUGGGGGCAUUCAAAGUGUAAAUUUAAGGAGAUUCGAUAACUGCUAUGCGAAUACUGAAUUGCCUUUAGAGCCUGAUCAAAUCUGCAUUGAAAAACCUGACCAAUCCCAGUAUGAGUCCCUUGAGAAACCUGGUUCUGUAAUAGGUACAAUUCAAACGUUUAAAGGAAUGGAAAGAUAUCUCAUUGCAGCCAUAAUAAGCCAUACUCUGGAUGAUGUAAUCAUUGUCACAAACAUUCAAAACCACCAAAAAUGGAUUGCGAAUGAGUUGAAAGGUUGA